GUUAGGUUGGUAACUGAAUGUGUAGGAAAUUGGUGGAUGUUGUUGUGUUUAAGCCUUUUAAGGUUUAGACAAGUUGAGGAAGGAUUGGAUUGAGCGGCGGGAGAGAAGGAAGGAUGAGAGGUACACACAGAUGUACUAUGCCAAGCGGGGAAUUGUGACAGAGGAGAUGCUGUUCUGUGCGACUCGCGAGGGAUUGGACCCUGAGUUUGUGCGGUCAGAGGUUGCGAGGGGCCGUGCAAUCAUUCCUUGCAACAAGAAGCAUCUGGAGCUUGAACCCAUGAUCAUCGGAAGGAAGUUCCUUGUGAAGGUGAACGCCAACAUCGGAAACUCUGCGGUGUCGAGCUCCAUUGAAGAAGAGGUCCAAAAGCUUCAGUGGGCAGUCAUGUGGGGUGCAGACACUGCCAUGGACCUCUCUACGGGGGAUGACAUCCACGAAACGCGUGAAUGGAUCCUUCGCAACUCCCCGGUCCCGGUCGGUACCGUUCCCAUCUAUCAAGCUCUGGAGAAGGUGAACGGUAUUGCCGAGGAUCUGACAUGGUCGGUCUUCCGGGACACGCUGAUCGAACAAGCUGAGCAAGGAGUGGAUUACUUCACGAUCCAUGCCGGCGUCCUCUUGCGCUUCAUUCCACUCACGGCAAAUCGGAAAACAGGGAUUGUCUCUCGCGGCGGCUCUAUCCAUGCGAAGUGGUGCUUGGCGCAUCAUAAAGAGAACUUCGCAUAUGAGCACUGGGAUGAAAUCCUAGACAUCUGCAACCAGUACGACAUAUCCCUUUCCAUCGGCGAUGGUCUCCGCCCAGGAUCCAUCUACGAUGCCAACGACGCAGCACAGUUUUCAGAACUUGCUGUGCAGGGCGAGCUGACUCGGCGAGCCUGGGAGAAGGAUGUGCAGGUGAUGAAUGAGGGCCCGGGACACAUUCCGAUGCACAAAAUUCCUGAGAACAUGGAGAAACAGCUAGACUGGUGCAAUGAGGCUCCUUUCUACACCCUUGGGCCCUUGACGACAGACGUUGCGCCGGGUUACGAUCACAUCACAUCGGCGAUCGGUGCCGCGAACAUCGGAGCACUCGGCACGGCCUUACUCUGCUAUGUCACACCUAAGGAGCACCUGGGCCUUCCGAAUCGGGACGAUGUCAAGACCGGAGUCAUUUCUUACAAGAUAGCAGCACAUGCCGCGGAUUUGGCGAAAGAGCACCCCUACGCCCAGGCGUGGGAUGAUGCUCUUAGUCAAGCGAGGUUCGAGUUCAGGUGGAGGGACCAAUUCGCGCUGGCAAUGGACCCGAUGACCGCUCAGGCUUUCCACGACGAGACACUUCCAGCCGAAGGCGCCAAGGUUGCCCAUUUCUGCUCCAUGUGCGGACCGAAGUUCUGCUCCAUGAGAAUCACCGAGGACGUGCGCAAGUAUGCUGCAAAGUACGGGUAUGGGGAUCAAGAAGCAAUUCAGAAGGGGAUGGAAGAAAUGAGUGAAGAAUUCCAGUCCGCGAAGAAGACAGUCAGCGGUGAGCAGUGGGGAGAGUCAGGAGGGGAGAUAUACCUCCCAGAAUCUUAUGUACAGAAGAAGGUCCAGUCUUCUGUGUAAGGCCAAUUACUCUUACAAGCUUGAAAGAUCUGUGGAGAGAGAGAGAGAGAGAGAGAGAGAGAGAGAGAGAGAGAGAGAGAGAGAGAGAGAGAGAGAGAGAGAGAGAGAGAGAGAGAGAGAGNAGAGAGAGAGAGAGAGAGAGAGAGAGAGAGAGAGAGAGAGAGAGAGAGAGAGAGAGAGAGUUUCUCAAGCUUGAAAGAUCUGUGGAGACUAAGUAGUAAGUACGGCACAUGCUUUUUCACACCAUUACCACACUGCAGCUACCAGUGUGUGCCACCUGUCUCAACAAGGGAAGGGGAACGAAUACAGAGAUUGGAGAUCGGCACGUUGACGAGGUGACGAGAAAGCAAGGCUCGCUGGCUCGUGGGUACGGUUGCAGGCUAGCAAUUGCCUUUUUUCCCUUGACCCCUUCACUCUUCCACCAUUUUCCUGACUACUUCAGUGAUGAUGAUCAGGCAAACCACAUACAAUUUGACGACCUUAACCUAUACCUGCACAGCCGCUUGUAAUUUUUUCUUUUAUGUUUUUAAUUCUCUGUACAUCUGUCCUCUGUUCUGCUCUUCUCCCAAUAGUCGUGGCUUCUUGUAGUUCUACGUACAUAGGUUCUCCAAGCUCUCCAAGUCUCCGGGCUCUCCGAGUCUCCGGGCUCUCCAAGUCUCCGGGCUCCUCUUCAUAGGUUCUCCAAGCUCUCCAAGUCUCCGGGCUCUCCGAGUCUCCGGGCUCUCCAAGUCUCCGGGCUCCUCUUCAUGACAGUGGUGACGAGUGCGAUCAAUGAGGUAACUGCAUACCCACCUACCUAUUCAGAGUUUAUUAAUUGUUUAUCCAACUUAAUUCUGUAAACUGCUGUAAAUUAUUGCUGUUUCUCUCAGACACACUAGCAGCAGAAAAUCCGCAUCAGACAACUUUGUCAUCCUUUCCCCGCUUUGUUUAUUUUGUAAAAAAAAGAAAAAGUCCUCCUAAAACUCGUCAAUUCUCUCUAACUGGUGCUGGUAAUGUUUCUGAUCUUUGACCCUUUCUUGUGGUCUUACUAUCGUUUCUGUCUCUCCUUCCCUUGCUCUUUAAAUU